UCAGCAUGAAGUUCUACGGAAGCAGCAGCAGCAUCGUGCUCAUCUGGGCCUUGAUGGGCACACUCCUGGCCCCCGGAGAGGCAACCUUUGGCAAGCUGAAUCUGCUGCUGAGCGGCGCCAGUGGUGGUGUCGGUUCUGGCUACGGAUCCGGCUAUGGCUACGGCUCGGGAUACGGCUCUGGAUAUGGCUCUGGCUAUGGAUAUGGCUCGGGCUAUGGCUCUGGAUAUGGUUCCGGCUAUGGCUAUGGUGGCGAGAACGUGGUCAAGGUGAUCAAGGUGUCGGUCGUGCCAGGCGGUGGCUACUCAGGAGGCUACGGAUCCGGCUACGGCGGCGGCUACGGCGGUGGCUACGGAUCCGGCUACGGCGGCGGCUAUAGCAGCGGGUUUGUUGGCGCAGCUCCGGCCAUCUCCACAUCGGCUGUGGUUACCCCUGUGGUCACCUCAGUGUCCACACCCGUGGCCAGCCCCAUCCUGACUGGCGGAGCUGGCUAUGUGGGCGGCUUUGGUGGUGGACUGGGCGGCUUCAGUGGCGGUCUGGGCGGCUUCAGUGGCGGUCUGGGUGGCUACGGCGGUGGUCUGGGGGGUGGCUUGGGCGGCAGUUCCCUGCCCGCCUCUUAUGGCUUUGGCGGAGGCUAUGGGGCUAGCGGUGGCUUCGGCUUGGGCUUUGGCGCCCCCCCACCACCCCUCGGCCUGGCAUCGGGCCUGUGCUAGACGGAUA